AUGGAUGAGAAGAAGGUAUUAGAAUUUCAAAUCAGGAGAUUAUCAAGUGACACCGUCAUCCUGAUGGAGAAUCGUACAUCUUAUGGUGGAUUCAUUCAAUUCCAACAACAAGAGAAUCAAAUAUUACAAAUAGAAUUAAUACAACCCGAAAUCAUCAAUGAGAUACAAGAUAACUUGGAUUUAAUAUGUCUGAUGAUGACAUGUAGAUCAUUUUACUUGGAGUUUAAAGAACAGUAUAAAGAUACACUAAGAUACAAAGAUAUAGAGAUGUUUGAAAGUCCUAGUAAAGGUGGUGAUUUUUGUAAUCAUCUAUAUUACCGAUCGCAACUACCAUACCCUAUGAAAUCAUUCACAUCGUUUGUCAAGAAUGCAUUGGCCAAUCAACUUGUAUUGGGUGAAGAAGAAUCAAAUGUAUUGAUGAAAUAUCAACCAACAUUUGAUCAGUCGUUACCUACCGUACAUACAGCCGCCACCACCAAUGUAAAUAUCAUACCAGUCACCAAUGUAUUUAUUGAAGAAGAGUGUUUUGAAAGUCGACCACCAACAACUACCAAACGUCUCAUCACAGCUAAAUAUAGUCAUUUAAAUUACCUUGCUGGUAGUGAUUGGAUGCCACCAGAGUUGGAAGAAUUGAUGAUGUGGCCUGACGAAGAGAGUCCAACGUUUAUCGAUCUGCCCGAUACACUCCGACAUCUUCACCAUUCGCGAAUCGAUGAUGCUCCACCCGACAAUUUCCGAUUCCCAUCAUCGUUGGUCAGAUUAAAGAUAGAGUCAAAUUGCGACGACGUACCCGUAGUUGUUGCUCGAGCAUCUGACGAUGGAUUUUUUCGACGACUGCGUAGUGGAUGGAACACCCGUCAUCAAAGAUCUUCCCAAACUAGAGUAUCUCAAGUUGGUAAUCUUGAAAAGUUGACCACCGAUGUAGGAACCGCCGAUCAAUACCAUUUUCUAGACUCUCUUAGACAUUUGGUAAUUGGAAUGGGCAAUGCUCAAUUUGGCAGUUCUACAAUUAGAUUGCCAAAGAAAUUAGAGUCGUUGGAGGCAAGAUGCUUGAUAUCGCUACCUCUGUCGUUGCCAACCACUCUCACCUCUUUACAUGUCGCCGACUGCCAAGUUCCCAGUCUUCCUUUAGGACUCUUGUUCCUUAGAGUGCAAACCAUGGUUGACUCUUUUAAUGGGCAUUUUAUCGGACUAGACAUGUCUGUCUUGCCAGCAAGUUUAAAAAGGUUAGAGUUGGAUUUGGUGUCGUCUACCGAACCUCUGCGUAUCGACGAUAUUCUUUCAAACAAGUGUAGAAUAGUCAAUCUUGUAGAUGAUAACUUGGAUUUAGUGUGUCUGCUGAUGACAUGUAAAUCAUUCUACAUAGAGUUUAAAGAAAAGUACAAAGAUGUUCUUCAAUUCAAAGAUAUCAUGAUGAUCGACGAUCCACCAUUCACUAAACGACGUUGUUUUCUAUUUCAAGAGAUUGUGGAUCGAACAACACAAUGCUAUCCAAUGCAAGGGUUUGAAUCGUUGUUUCAAAAUGCAUUGGCUGGUCAGUUGGUUAAUAGAAGAGAUGAAUCAUCACCAUUAUUUGUCGGUAAAUCAUCAUUUCUAAGUACAAUUACAAUUACUUCUUCUUCUUCUUCUUCUCUUUGCUUUGGAUUUAAAACACAUCAAAAUCACGGCCGUGUGACAAGUUACCAUUCGUUCGCACCAAACUUUGGACAUUGUAUUCUUGUAGGUCGCAUCAUGAUUCUCUCUGAUCGAUUAAGUUAUUAA